AAUUCUGUACGAUGCGGCUAUUUGUGGUGGCUUGGAGGGGGAGGAUCUGCAAAAUGGCGAAUCAGCAGCCGGAUCUUGUUUUACUUCCUCUUCCCCCCCUCCCCCCCCCAUCACCAUCACCUCCCUGGAGCUGCAUGGAAUUUUCCUCCAUCCAGGCUUGUGCGUGGGGUGAGUGUGUGGAUGCGUGAGAGUUCAAUUCCAGGAUUUUUGGAGGGCACCGAAAGGAAAGAAGGUACCCAGAGCUUUCUCUGUGUGCCUGCCUUUUAUGAGAUAUGUGAAAUGUUUGUUGCUGUUUGUAACUAUUUAAGUGACAAUAAGAACAACAAAAAGACGUUUCUUCAAAAUUGAAACUGAUCAGAAUAAGCUAAGGAGCACAAUGUCUCAAGAAUGACUCUCUGGACAUUGAAUAUCAAAAUUAAGACAGCUGCUAGACUUAACCUUCAAUAAGUGUCAUCCUUCAGCCUAAAUCAGUUUUGUGUUCCCAGGCUGGAUUUGGGAGCCACACCCAACAUAGAAAAUGCCUAAACGAAAAUGCGUCUUUACUGACAAACUGAAGCAGAAAUAUCCUCAUUUCCGCAAAGGUAGAGAUGACUAUGAAGCGGAGUGCUUGGUCUGCAAAGCUGGCACGUUUGUGUCAGUUGCACAUAAAGGUGCCAGUGACCUGGACUACCACAUGUCCUCCGAAAAGCACAAGAAAGCUCUUGGAGGAGAUAGUUGGUCUGCAAAGCUGACCGAAUUUCUGGGGACUCCAGGCACGAAAGCUGAGGAUGCUCUUGCUGCAGCGGACAGCAUGCUACCCUUGCACACCAUCCCAAGUUGCAACAGUUACAAAACAACAGGCCGCACGUCUGAAUUGUUCAGAAAAAUAUUUCCUGACACAGAGAUAGCGCAGAAAUUUUCCAACACCUGGACCAGGACAGAUAGUCUCGAGAACUCUGUGCUUGCCCAACAUGCAGUGAGCCUUGAUCUGAAGGCCUUGGAGGAACAUGGCAUCCCUUUCUGCGGGGUGGCUAUAGAUGACAGCAGCCACAGGGCCCUGAAAAUGGUCCCGGUACUCAUCCAAUAUUACGACUACAGGAACGGUGGCUUGAAGACCAAACUCCUGGAACUCCAGGAAAGUCCCACUGAGAUGGAUCUUUCAGACUCUCUGGUCAAAGCUCUUAAGAAACACAGGUUGCUUCAGAAGUGUGUGGCGUUCGCGGGGGACAACUGCAACACCAUGUUUGGUGACGUUGGGCAAGAGGAAGAGGCGAGGGUCGUGUUCACCAGGCUGAAGAAAUCCCUCCAGAGAGAGACGUUGAUCGGGGUGCACUGCCCUGCCCACGUUUUGCACAACUGCAUCCACCAUGGAGCAGACGCCCUCGAGGUGGACGUUGAGAACAUCAUCCUCAAGAUCUACCAGUACUUCCACAUCUACGCGGUGCGGACGGAGCCCCUGCAAGAAUACUGUGACUUUGUGGAGGUGGAAUACAAGCGGCUGCUCUCCCACGUCAGGACCCGCUGGCUCUCCUUGUUCCCGGGCAUCACGAAGCUGCUCCAGAUGCAUUCGGCCCUGAAGUCCUUCUUCUUGGGCCAGAGCAACCCGCCCGCCGUGCUCAAGAGCUUCUUUGAGCAUGAGUUCGGCGAGCUCUACCUUUGGCACAUGCAUUCGCUGAUGAACGCCUUCCAUUUGCACAUUGAGGAGAUGGAGCGGGAAAAUAACUCCCUGGUGGAGGUGAUGAAGACGCUGGAUUCUGUGCACACCAUCCUGCUUGACCGUCGAGCCCAGAACUUCAUGUCCCUGACGGUGAAGGGGAUGCUUGCCGACAAGCGCAAGGAGGGCCUGGAGGCCGGAUGUGAUGCCUUCUCCGAGGCCGUGCGUCGCCUCUACAGUCACUGCAUUGACUACCUGGAGAUGUGGAUGGCAUCUCUGCAAGAGUUUUCCUGCUUCGCCUGGAUGGCCCUGAGUGACACACCCAGCUGGAGUGACGUGGAAGCGUGUAUCACGUAUUUGAUUGAUAAAGGCGUCGAGAUUGAUGACAUCAGGUGUUUUGAUCAGUUCAACAACCUGAAAAAAUUUGUGGAAGCUUCCAGCGAUGAAGAGGAGUUCCAGCAUCUGCUUUCACAUCAAAAGUGGACCAAAUACUUCCUGAAGGCCAAAGCCAUCGAAUGGUAUUCAGAACUGUUAAAAAUUGCCCAGUUCUUCUUCGCAAUUCCCUCCCACAGUAUAAAUAUGGAAUGGAGCACUUCUUUUCAUUGAUACGAGACCUGUGGGGCAAGGAAAGGGCCUGUUCAAACGGCCCACCAUUUAAUUUUAAAAAUAACUGUUGGAAACAUUUUUUUGUGCAUGCUUUGCUCUAAAGAGAAAGGCUAUGUGUCUUUUGGGGUGUACCGUCUGUGCACAGUAGAGUUUUAGGGCAGCAGCCCCCCAACCUUUUUGGGUGUCGGCGUUCCACGGAACCUGAAGUGAACCUGGCUGAGCCCCCAUCCUGGAGGCUUCAGGGACCAGUUCCGGGGAGAAUGGUUUUUCUGUGGACUGAAGUGGGUAUGGUUUCACAUGCUGCCUACAUCCCGUGGAUGGGGCUUUCCUUGAUUGUGUUGCCCAGACCGAUGCCAUUCCAUGGAUUGGGGGGGGGGGGUUUGAAGAUUCCUGCUUAGAAUAUCAUCUAUAAUUAGAAGUAUCCGUAAUAGUUGUUCUGUUUCUGUUGUUAGUCGUGGCCUUUAACCUCUUUACUGAUUCAUACAUCUUUCCAUUGAACCAGGUUUGGGAUGGAUAGCAAAUUUGAAGGGGGGGAACUCUUUUUCUCAAGUUAUUUUUACUUUCGAAGGCAGUUUUGCGAUGUCACGAAGUUGGCAGCCUCACAGGGUAGUGCAGAACAAGAUGUUCUGCAAUCUGGAAUCUUCUCCCUGAGCUCUGCUGUAAAGGUUCAAUAACAUCUGAAAAGCAGCAGUCUUUUAGGAGCUGAGACUUCAUUUCCAAGCUUAAUAGCUCUUUCACUUCUUAAUAGCUGCACUGAUGGAUAAAGUGGACAUGCUACCCUGUUUCCCUGAAAAUAAGACCUCUCCGGAUAAUAAGCUUAUUGGGCUUAUUAUCCGGGGAUAUAAUAAGCCCGGAUAAUAGCUUAUGUAUAAGCUAUUAUAAAUAGCUUAUUUAUAAGAGCAACCAAGAUGAUUAGGGGAACGGUUUCAGGAACUGGGUAGC